AUGGGGCCCUUCAUUUCUUCUAAUGGGAACAAAUACAUCUUGGUAGCCGUAGAUUACGUCUCUAAAUGGGCAGAAGCUGUGGCUUCUCCUACAAAUGAUUCCAAGGUGGUUGUGAACUUAUUCAAAAGGGUGAUCUUUCCGAGGUUUGGUGUCCCUGGUGAUGGAGGGUCACAUUUCAAGCAUCACACUUUUGCUAGACUUCUUGAUAAGUAUGGUGUAUCCCAUAAGCGAGGGCUCUCCUACCACUCUCAAACGAGUGGUCAAGCGGAGGUAACUAAUAGGGAGCUUAAGAUCAUUUUGGAAAAGACGGUGGCAAGAACGAGAAAGGAUUGGUCCUCCAAACUCAUUGACACUUUGUGGGCUUAUAAGACCGCCUUCAAGACUCCUAUAGGUACCACUCCCUAUAAACUUGUUUAUAAGAAGAAUUGCCAUUUACCCGUAGAAAUGGAACACCGAACGCAUUGGGCAAUCAAGCGAAUCAACUUUGAUCUCCAUAGUGCGGGUGAACAAAGGCUUCUAGAGCUUCAUGAGUUGGAAGAAUUGAGAAUGAACGAAUAUGAUAGUGCAGGCCUCUACAAAGCAAGAACCAAGGCGUGGCACGACGCUCAAAUUUCCAAGAAGGAAUUUGUGGAAGGACAAAAGGUCCUACUCUACAAUUCAAGACUCAAGUUCUUCCCUGGGAAAUUGAUGUCUAGAUGGAGUGGGCCAUUUCAAGUUUCCAAAGCCUUUCCUUUUGGAUCGGUUGAGAUAUAUAAUGACAAGUACCCUCCGUUCAAAGUGAAUGGGCACCGUCUCAAGCCAUACUAUGAGGGUCAACUAAUUGAGAAGCCAGAGCAUUUAUCUCUCAUUGAUGUUUUUAAGUCGUCGUGA